AUAUUAUGCUUCUACAUGUUUGGGUUCAUGUGUAGUAAACCUUUUGUUUAAAGUAUGCUUUUUGGGUAGCCAAAGGUCUUUUUUGGAGUCUCCAAAAGGACCCUGACCAAAACGAAUUGACAUAUCCAUGCAUAAAAUGCUUGGUUUUAGAGGUGUGUGUAACCGGCUGGAAGGAAAAGCAAUAUUGUUCCCUUCCCUGCACUGUCUGUACCUGAUGCAGUUAUUCUGAUGUCAUUCAAUUCUACAGGUUCUCAGCUUUCCAAAGAGCAAAUGCACUGGUAUUAUAGUUUUGAGUUUAUCAAUUCUGUUCUGCUCUCUCAACAGGUCCUGCAAUUUUUGUCAUCCAAACCAACCCAAACAACCCUUUUUCUAAAACCUCGACCCAAAGGCACUUUUAAGAGCCACAUCUGUCUUGUCAACCUGUCCUUGCAGUGUUGUACUUGUAAGCGUCUGUCUGUCUCUCUCUCUCUCGCUCUCUGUUGCCUGUCACCUGUGUCUGUCUGUCUGUCUGUCUGUCUGUCUGUCUGUCCCCUUCAUCAUGAGUGAUUCAGAACUCCAGAAUCUGUUUUCGAGGGUGGAUAACAUGGCUGUUCAGCAAGAGGUCAAUGAUGUCCUCCAAGGGGUUGAUGACUUGAUUGCUGUGGUGCAGGAUGAGCAAGCAGCAGCACCGCCAACCAUGAGGUGGAAGAAGAGAACCAGUGACGGGAACUUAAUUCAUGCAAGACCACGAUCAGCUAGGAAUCAGUCCAAUCAGGUUACAGCUGGUAACAGCAGUGGACUUCAACAGCAGAAGACUCAUCCCAACAAAAAUGCUCCUGACUCAAACUCUGAGGUGGUCUUUGCUCCUGAUAACGUUGAUGGAUUUCUACGAGAUCUCCAGCAAUCAUUGAGCGAUGCAACAGGAGAUGGGGUGGAAUCACCAACCCCACAAGCCUCUCUUUCUGCUUCAUUAAACUGGAGCACAAGAAAGAGCAAUUCUUCGGAGAGCUGGAAGGCAGCGAGACCUCGUCUGGUUAACACCGCACUGGCACAAGAAAAUGUGGGAACCCGAAAGUGCCAACAGUGUUGGAGCAAUUUAGCUGUUGUUCGUUGUCGUGAUUGUCUACCACGGCCCUUAUUCUGUGCGGAGUGCGACGUCGUCAUGCACACCAGACACCCCCUUCACAACCGAGAUGCCAGUACUUUGGGAUUUUUCCAGCCAUUGCCCCCAACAACUACUGUACAGAAUAUGGACCUUUGCCAGUGUGUGCGGUAUGUACCUGUGGAGAUCCCUCGCCAAAUCUGUGGUUGUCCAACAGAGGCACUGAGGCUCAAACCAGGAAAAGCUGUGGCUGUGAUCACAAUGAAUGGGAGACAUGAGCUCAGCAUGCCUGAGUUGGCAUGUGAAGCGUGCAAAGCCACAUGGACUGCUGGUGUUGACGGCAUUCUUCACAGCGACUACUGGCCAGCUACCCUGAACUUUGCCACCAUUUAUGGAACUGAUGUUUUUGCUUCAUUUGAAGAAAUGAAAAUGGCAGCACCUGGAUUGUCCUGUCAGGCAUUUUUAAAAAUGUUGGAUCAGAGAACUGUCCGCUUUGGCCGUACUGGGAAGAUCUCAGCUGACACCUUCGCCAAAAGCUUUUUUGAGUGGGAGGCUGUCCAAUAUGAGAUGGACAACAUAUGCAAGGAGGAGCCAUUCACCUGUCCUGCCUGCAGCCCGGAUAUGCUUGCGGUUUCCGUGGAUGGUAACCGCAAGCAUUACCGCUUCAAGAAUGCAUCUAGUGCUGAGGAACAGGCCAUAUUUGAUGGCGUCUUCAUCGCGAAGGAUGACGACGUCGCAAAAUUUGUGAACUACAUUCACACCACAACCAAGCAUGUGCCCGGAAGAGGCGUUUGUGGGGGGGAAUGGUCGGCGGCUCGAGAGACCUCCAAAAAAUCUGCCAGCAAGCUGGAUGAAGAGGGACUGGAGCUUGCUGUGUGUCGGCAUGGGCUGCUCCUAUGUGCCCUCAAUAUGUUCAGGGGAGAGAUCUUUGCAUAUCCCCUGUACAUACAACGAAAGCUGGCCAACCUCACGCCGACCUUUUAUUGCAUGGAUGUCACAUGUAAAUACUGGCCCUACCUCAACAAGGUUGCAAGAAGCUGCCCAGAGCUCCAGCAUCUGCUCAGCAUGAAGCCCUUCCUUUCAGUGUUCCAUGCCAAAGCCCACGAUUACAAAUGUGACGUAAAAUGGAGUGGUGCCUAUCAAGAGGGGGCUGGAUUGACACUAGGGGGAGGUAGAGCAGGUCAAUGCCUUCCUCUCUCGGAUAGCAGUGACCACCAAACACAUGUCCAAAGCAGGACGCACAGACAUGCUCACCCUCUUGGCCAUGCGCUGGAAUCAGCAAAAGACUGACAACUUGGCCACCUCACUGUCCCGCAGAUAUCUGAGGACCACAAAAGCUCUGGAUGCCCAAAAGCGGAACAUGGAGUCCAUGAAGACCGAAUUGGACGUCACAGAGAACCAGAUGGAGGACUGGGUCAGUGACGUGAAGGAUUGGGCAGACGCAACAACCAUCAACACGACUGAUGUUGCCGCCUUGGCCAGCAGGGUCGAGGUGCUGGUUGCCAGUAUUAAGAGACGGUCGCAGCGUCUCUACAAAGACUGCGACAGCAACAAAGGUCGUGCCAGGAUCCGCCGCAAGAUCCGGGACGAGAGGGGGUUCCUGAGUUCUGUGGUGGAGAAGUACAACGGAAUGGUUCCCACAACAGAGACUCUGUGCUUUGAAAACAUUCUGUCUGGAGAGACGGCUUGGCCAUGGCAGCUACCACACAGUGACUCUGUUGACCUUCGGACCAAGAGGAGAGCAUUUGACCUGGUCAUGGCAGGGAAAAGAAUCCAGGAGGAGAAAAUGAUUCUUCAGAGGGAGAUGAAUCAGCACUGGAGGUCUCUGGGGAAUCGUGCUGACUCCCUAAAAGAGCUGUCCUGCCUUGUUUCAAGGGCUACAACAGAACAUUCACCUUGGGGCCUUACUGAGGAAGGGUUGACUGGUCUACAGUGCAUGAUCAAAAAGAAACGGCACUUCAUCACAAAAAUGAUGGCUAACGCGAGACACUGCUACCUACAAGUGUUGACUGCAGCAGAGGGGGCACAGAUGAUCAACUCCCAGGACACUUCUGAUGACUACUCGGACAAUGACUCUGACAUUUCGGAUGAUGCAUUUUAAACAAUGGCUAUGCUUUGAUUAUUUACCAAAUUAUUUUUAAUUGAUUUCAUACUCUAUUUAACUGCCUUUUAAAACCUUUGUGA